AUGUCCGAAUACUGGAAAUCCACGCCGAAAUACUGGUGCAAGCACUGCAGCGUCUUCGUCCGCGACACGAAGCUCGAGCGCCAGAACCACGAGGCGACAGGCCGCCACCAGGGCGCGCUGAAGCGGUCGCUGCGCGAUAUCCACCGCGGCCACGAGCGCGACGAGCGCGACAGGGAGCGCGCGCGGCGCGAGGUCGACCGGCUCAACGGCGUCGUCGGCGGCGCGCCGGGCUCGGCCUCUGCGUCUGCCUCUGCGUCUGCAUCUGCGCCGUCGGGCCAGGCGACGGCCGCGCAGCUGGCGAGGCAGAGGGAGCAGCUGGCCGAGAUGGGCAUCGCCAUGCCGACCGAGGUCAGAGGCGACAUGGCCAUGCCGGGGGAGUGGACCGUGACGAACACGCGCGUCGUGUCUGCUUCCCCCGCCGAGGGCGAGGCGGGCGCCGGGGUGGAGGCCAAGGCUGUGGGCGUGCGGAAGCGGGAGGCCACGGACGAGCAGAAGGAGGAGGAGGAGGCUGUGCGGGGGUUGUGCAAGAAGCAGCGGACGUGGGGCGGCACGAGGGCCAUGCCGCAGGACGACGCCGAGCUGGACGCGCUGUUGAGUGGCGGGAUACUGCCUGCGCCGCCGAAGAAGGAGCCUGUCGAGGGACAAGUCAAGACAGAAGAGGGCGCGCCGCACGAGACGAAGACCGAGGACCCGGCCGUCAAGGCGGAGCCCGCGGAUGAGGGCGAGGGCGGCAUUGACCCUCGGAAAGAAUCUGCGCCGGCGAUACCAGACGCGGGCGUCAAGACGGAGGAGGGUGCGCAAGGCGGGCCUGCCCCGGUUGUGUUUAAGAAGCGGAAGCCCAAGAAUAUUCGUCAAAAGUAG